GGUCCUGCGGAUCUCCGUCGAGCAGGCGCUCUUCGGCUUCGACGUCUCCUGGUCGCACCUGGGCGCCGAGAAGGUCAACAUCGCACGCGACCGCCUGGAGCGGCCCGACGAGGUCCUGAGGCUCACGAAGAUGGGCCUGCAGCAGGGAGGCACGCGCGGCGACCUGUACGUGAGGCUAGCGGUGGACUGGCCCCAGGUCGAGAAGGGCGCCAAGGAGCUGACGCUGAGGCCGGCGGUCGCGGGCGGCGAGGCGAGGCUCGAGCGCGAGGACGGACGAGCUCGAGAUCCAGGAGGGCGCCGCCUGGAGACGGUGGCGCGCUCGGGAGACGCCGACGGUUAUCAAGGCGAAGGGUGCUGUCAAGGCCGCCACGAAGGGCCAGGAGCUGUGAGGGCAGCGCGGACGCCGCGGGAGGGCUGCCCGCGGUCGCUGCCGCGCGGGUAGUCAGGCCAGCGCCGUGGCACGGCAGGCUCCGCGCCCUUGCCGCGAGGCCGGCGUUUGUUUUCUGUGGCGGGAGCGCGGUGUGCCUGGCCUCGCCGGCCGGCGUUGCUUGCCCUGUCCGCCUCUUUUUCUUCAGAGGGGGAAGAGGUACCCAUAUUGACCCAUGGGGACCUGAGGAUAUUCCAUUCAGUGUUCGCGUCACGGUGGCGGAUUUUCCUUUGAUUGACUCGCCACAAGCAGUAGUGGUUGCUAGAACCAGAAUCGCUGCUCGAGUCACCGCCUUGGAAUCCCGCUGGCGGCGUCGCGCACAAGCAGGCGCGCCAACGACAGACCCCUUGCCGCGAUUGCGUGGCUCGCGCAUAAGAAAGAGA